AUGCAGUUCUCCCUCGCCUUCCUCGCCGCUGUCCUCUCAGCCACCAGCGUCUCCGCUGCUCCCACCGAGCAAGCCGUCAACAUGAUGGCCGCCGCUCCCCAGUGGACCAUCGAGACCAUGCAGCGCAGCUGUGCCAAGGACGACAGCUCCUGCACCUGGAACUUCAAGAUCAACACCCACAAGGGUGCCGCCACCGCCUGCAAGUUCGUCGUCAAGGGCAGCAAGGCCUCUCAGCGCAACGGCGGCCCCGUCAAGUGCGGCGACUACACCGUCACCUCUGGCUGGAGUGGCCAGUUCGGCCCCGGAAACGGAUUCACCACUUUCUCUGUUGUUUCCUCUAAGCGACAGAUUGUCUGGCCUGCUUAUACCGAUAAGCAGGUCCAGGGAGGAAAGGUUGUUAAGCCUGACCAGUCUUAUGCCCCUGCCAACCUUCCCAACUAA